GACUGAUAUUUUAUUGAAAAUGUUUCAGUUGUGCACGGUUCUGAGAACGUCUAUGAGUGAAUUUUUUUGGUUGCAUUCAUAAAUACAUCGCUAGCUCUUCAAGCAAGCAAGCAAAACUUUUAUUUAUAUAGCACAUUUCAUUCCAGGUAGAAGCACAAUGUGCAGCACAGAGCGUUAGCUACCACGGCAGUUGCAGCCACAAGAUAAAACAUUCAAAACAGUCUAAUGAUAACAUGAUAAUGCAUUCACAACUCAAAGCAUUUUGAAAGCAGCUUUCACAAUGAAUCAAAAGCAGUCAAUAAAGCUUUUAGACAGCUUUAUUGAUGUGCUGUGAUGCUCCAUUAAUUCUCCUGAUCUAUAAUUCUUUUCUUUCCAAUAAACUAGAGGUAGGCGGUUUAUUUUUUAUCAUGAAUGAGUGUGUCUAAAUAAAGCAAUGCUUCCUGUUGUCCAUGAGGUGGCAACAAAUAUUAAGUAAAUGGCUGUAAGGACGAAAAAGAUGAAAGUCUGAAAGUAAUUAAUUGCUUUGAGGUGUGGCUGAGCCUGUGAUUUUCUUAUCUGUUUAUGUUUACUUUUGGGAGUGCCAGUAUUCUACAGUUUAUGAAGUAGAUCAUGUGGGACAAGGGUGUAGCAAGGAAUUAAGGGCAAUUGUGAAGGGCCUCUCCUUUUUCAAUCAAAAAUAAUAAUAAUAACUGGAAGUUUUUGGACUCUUUUCAGCUGUUGACACCCCACUAGUGAACACUCUGUGUAGGAGCAAGAAAAUGCUGUUACUUUUUGGUGUGUCAGUAUAGCACCUUUUGUAUUGAAGAAUAAAGCCCAAAGAACCUCAUUAGCAUGACUUUUGAAUGAGCUUGUCAUUAGAACUGAGAAAAGGGCAUCUGGGUUUUUUAUUUUCUUAUUUUAGAACUCAUUGGGCCCAUUAGCUAAUUGACUUCUGUCUCUCACCGCUCAUCAAAAUGGUAUGUCUUAAUAAAUCAUUGGCAUGCAGCCACAAAGACAUACCUGUAGUUCAUCAAAGGUCCAGAGAAGUGCCUUGGAGAUGCUCUGCCACAGAAGACUAAUGAAUGGCAGCUAGCAUGACAUCAACACUUCAAAUGAGCAAGGAGUAGAAACAAGAGAAUUGGUGAUUUUAUGGCAUGUUUGUGGUUGGCUUGAAUGACGUCCACACAGUGUGGACAACUCAAAGCAAUAUAAAAGACACUCUCUUGCUCUUCACCCGGGGGAGAUAAGAUCAGAUGACUCCCUCUCACACGAGCCAAAAGAUGACGUUGUUCCCCACCAACUUCCAGAAAGCUGCUGGGAUGGAAACGCCUAACAGGAAAGUCCUGGUGCUGGUCUUGAUGUUGCUGCUGUCUCAACUGGCCUGUGAUGCUCACAGCGUGUCCGCAUGCUGCAGACAACCAUCCUGUCGCCUCUAUGUGUUGCUGUGUCGCUCCGGCAGCAAGGUCUUGGGGGGACCUCUCACAGACGAUGCCUCAGCCGGCAUUCUCACUCUGGGUAAACGAAAAGAAGACGAGCAUCGCUUGCAGAGUCGACUCCACCAGCUCCUCCAAGGCUCCAGGAACCAAGCGGCAGGAAUCCUGACUAUGGGGAAGAGGACUGAAGAGAGGGCUGGAGAGCAGUACAUGGACUGGAUGGCUCAGUCAGGAACCACCAUCACAACACCCCUACCUGUUUGAAGUACCUCAUGGUAUAAAUAUACUGGGACUCCUUUAAAAUGUAGGCAGAAAAAUCACACUCAUCUGGUGAUUUCCCAAAAUGUAUAUUUUUUAGCUCAUGUGGAGACAAUUUAGUGAUUUUCUUUCAAUCGUGCCUGUUUGAAUGUGAUAUAAGGUGCAUUUGUCUGUAAAACAGAAACUUGGGAAAAUGUGUAAUAUUGUACAUAAUGUGUA